GUCUCUCUCUCUCUCUCUCUCUCUCUCGCUGCUAAAACUAAAAAGCUUUCGCUUUUCCUUUCCGUGCGUUGCUUUGACAAACCAAUUAAGCAAUUCCUCUUCUCUGUCUAUUUAUAUAUUUAUAGAAAAAAAAAGGAAAAAAGGAAAAGAAACGAAGGCACUGUUUGGCGAAAUAGAAAAUAAAAUAAAAUAAAUCGACAAUGAAAUAGAAAAAAUUAUUCUCUAACGGCCUUAAAAUUCUAUUUCUCUGCACAGGUACUGUUUUCUCGUUUUCCUUUUGAGGGAGACGGUGAGUCAAACUCAGAGGCUAGGGUUUUAUUAAUUGGGGAUCGUUUGGGGUUAGGCAUUGCUUUGGUUUGGGUUAUAAUGCAAUUUACUGGAGUGUUGGUGAUUCCUGUGAUGUUUCCAUAAUAGUAAUGCAUUGAUUGGUUAACAAGUUGAUCAAACUUAGAUGGGUUCGUGUGAGAACUCACUUGAGGUCCACGAACCUUUGCAACAAGCUUAUAUUGAGCAGCAUUUGUGCUCAAUUAAAAAUUCUGAUUCUGAGAAACUGCCUUGCUCAGAGGCUGGUGUUGAUGUGAUUGAUAAUGAUGUGGGUCCCACUGGUGCUCUAGAUGGGUUCCUAGAGUUAUCUCAAAAUGAUAGUGCUGGUUGUGUGAGCUCUAGUGAAUUAAGGGGCGCCGAGUCUGUUGAUUGGGUAAUUGGGUCAGCCACAGAGGUUGAAUGUGGGAAUGAGAGGCAAAGUGGAAUUGAUGAUUGCAGUGUGGAAACUGAUGGAUUUUGUGUGGAAAAAGAAGCUUCUAAUAAUGAAAACAAUGGAUCAGAGAAUUCAUUGGAGGAUUGUGAAAGGUCUCUGGAAUUGGUGCACGCUUCCAGUUCAGUCAGAAAUUGUGAUCAACAGGAUGAAGAGAAGGAUGACUGGAAUGUCCGAAGGGAAAUGGAAGAGAAAACUGAUGGUUUAGCUGGAACAAAAAUUGAAACUUGUGACCAAAUGAUGCCUUCAUUUAACUGUGAGAUGCCAGCAGAAUUAAUAGCGGUGGAUGCUUUGGCUAUAAAUGGAGUUGAACCAGACAAGGACAUCCGUGCUAUUUUGGAGAGGGCUGUGGUGGUCAUGGAAAAUAAAACUGCUGGUUUGGUUGAGAUAGAUACUGAUAAUCACAGCCAAACAGGACCAGCGAGUAAUUAUGUUCAGCUGGAUGACCAGAAAGAUCAACAGUUGAACAAUAGUCCCUCUGCAAAAGUGGUUACAGAGGUUAUAAAAACAAAUAGCAAUGUUUCACCUAUGAUAGAGACUAUUGCUCAUAAUCAGUUGUUCUCUUGUCAAGGCUUUGAUGAGGCCUUGGAAUUAAUGCCUAAGACUGAUUCCUCAGAAGAAAGUAUUAAACAGGAAGAGCAGAAUGAUGAUGGUUCUAUUACUCUGCCUUCUGAGCAAGGAGUUAUGGAAAAGAAAAGUAAUCUUUCUACUGGGGUAAAAUGUAACCUAAAUAACCAAACAUUCUCCUCAAUGGAUGAUGAAAUGCAUGUGGAAUUAGAUCCUUUUCCUCUCUUACCAAAACAUAGUUGCCAACAAAAUGACCUGGAGGCCAAGACUGUUAACAGUGUAGGUUCGAUGGGGGUUGUGAAUGGGAAAAGUGAUGCUUCAGCCACUACGGAUUCUGAUAUAUGCAUACAGAAAACACUCCAUCACAUUGCAAUGCCAAAGGAAUCAUCAAUUACUGGUUCUCUGGAGAGUACUUGUGAAAGGAAGAAUGAUCAGAAAAAUGGCUUUAGUGUUAAUUGUUUUACUGCAGAAACGGUUUCUACAGAUAUUUUGAAGAAAAGUGGUGUGGAUAAAUGCAUCCAGGCAUACCCUUCACAGGCUUGCCAGAGGACCUUGGAGAAUUUAGCUAUCGCUGACUCACUGGGUAACCCCGUCUAUGAACCCUUUAUAGAAGGCAUGCCAGGCAUUGUAGAAGAGGAAAGUGAUGUGACAACUGAAAUAAAGUUUGAGAUUCAUGGCCAGAAAUUUUGUGUGGAAGGAGAUGCCUAUGAUCUGAAGGAAGGGUCACCUGAAAAAACUCCCAGCAGUGCACAGUCAUGCCAGCCCUUUGGGAAGGAUGUUUCUCAUGAUAUUUAUUCUAGCCAUAGUGUUGACUGUUCUGAACAGAUUGAUAAGGAAGGGAAGGUUCUUGCUGGAAGUUGUCCUUCCAAAACCACAUGUCUAGACAUUGGCUCAUCCUCUUCACGAAGGAGCAAAAGAAUUCGUAAAUCCGGUCAGAAAACUCAGACAAAAAGAGCUGCAAAGAAACGCAAGAACAAAGCUAAACUGCAAGACCUGCAGAUCUUCAAGGCUGAUAGAAGGAAGAGAAGCUGUUUCUCCAAACCAGCUCGCUCUUCUAACUGGGGAUUAUUAGGGAAUAUCACCCAAUUUUUUGAGCAGAGUAAUGGGCUGGGGCUCAAUGAAAUUCAGUACUGUGGACCAAGAAAAAUAAAGGUUGAACAAGGGAAUGGAAAGAGGGGUAAUAGUCAGCCUAGUGGAAGCUCCCAGAAGUCUAGUGGAAAAAAAAAUUCUUCAACUGGUGGUAUUCGCUUGAAAGUUAUAGUCAGAAAAGAAGUUGGUCAAAAUAGUCUGAACCUGGUGGUCCCAGAAGUAAUUGAUACCUCAACAUCUGGUGUUCUUGUCAGUGAAUUUGAGGCUAAAACAUACACAGGAACAAGUUCCAAAAUCCCAAAUGUUGUUAGUGGUGCUGAAGAUAAAAUGGGGGAAAGGGAGCGUGAAGAGCAGCUUCAAUGUUUUGGCAAUAAGCUGGAGGAGGCAAAAGUAUACCCCAAUGCUUCUGUUUCAGAUUUUCAUGUAGCAGAUAAGGACUUCGAGGGCCAUUUGAUUUGCCAGAACUCAGCUGUUGAUGCUGCAGCGGACUAUCUUGGAGUUCCCUCACAUUUAGAGGUUGAUAUAUCCGGGGAGGCAACUGAGAAGAGGUAUACUGAUCCUGGAACUUCACCAGACUCAGAAGUUAUCAAUUUAGUUCCUGAAGGCCAAGUCAAUGCAACAUGUCAAGAAGAUCUCCACGAUGUUGUUUUGACUUCUCCUAAAGCUUUUGUUGCCGCUGGAGCUGUUGCUAGGGGUAAGAAAGGAAAGAAGAAAGAUAGACGCAUCCGUGUCAGUGACAAUUUUGCAGAAGAUAUAUCUCCUGGUAUGUCGAGCAUGAAAAGUGUUAAAACAACAAAGAAGCACGGGGGUAGGCAGGGAAAGGAUGAUGGAUUUCUCUCUAGUCAGAUUCUUAUUUCACCUACUAAAGCAAAUGUUUCUAGCAACUUUUCAAGCCAUAAAGAAUUUUCUGAGGAACAGUUACAUUUGUCUAGAAAGACCGAAUUUAGAGUCUCUGAAGAGGCUUUGCAAGCAGAAUCUGGCCUUGAUUUUGGGCCUAGAUUGUCAGAAUCACAGAAUUCAAAUAAUCUGCUUCAUUCAGUUAAAUCUAAAUCCAAAGGGGGUCAACUUCCAAAGAAAUCUGAUGGAGCAAGCAAGAGAAGGUCCAAGACCUCUGACAAAGCAAGGAGCAAGAAAGAAAAUGGUUGUGGACAGAGAGGGAGUGAACGGAAGACAGUUAAUAAAAACAAAGCCAAGGAGAAGAGUGAAUGUGAUCACGUUUAUAAAUCAGCAGAUAAUCCAGAAACAGGAAAUUGUAUUGCUAAGGACACUGGGAAAACCAAUCCUGUUGACAGUGUUGCCUCCAUAGAUGUUGCUAAUUUGGACAUGGCAUCAACUGAUGCAGUGGAGCAGCAGCCACCUGCUGAUAAUGCUUGGGUGCGCUGUGAUGAUUGUCAUAAAUGGCGGCGUAUUCCUGUUACACUUGUAGAUUUGAUUGGUCAAUCAAAUUGCCAAUGGAUCUGCGAGGACAACAUGGAUAAAGCCUUUGCUGAUUGCUCCAUCCCCCAGGAGAAGUCAAAUGCAGAAAUUAAUGCAGAGUUAGGCUUAUCAGAUGCUGAUGAAGAUGCCUAUGACGCCCCUUUAAAGAAUAAGGGAUUAGAAUGGAAGCGUACUGCAGUUUCCAAGGAGCAUGAGUUUACGCGUAUCUCUACUAACCAGUUUCUGCAUCGUUGCCGGAAGACGCAGACUAUUGAUGAGAUAAUGGUUUGCCAUUGCAAAUUACCUCUACAUGGUGGGUUAGGUUGUGGAGAUGAAUGCUUGAAUCGCAUGCUUAAUAUUGAGUGUGUUCAAGGCACCUGUCCAUGUGGGGACCUGUGUUCAAAUCAACAGUUCCAAAAGCGCCAUUAUGCAAAAAUGCAGUGGGCUCGAUGUGGGAAGAAAGGUUUUGGUCUGCGAUUGGAGGAGGAUAUUUCUAAAGGGCAAUUUCUUAUUGAAUAUGUUGGAGAGGUGCUUGAUAUGCAUACUUAUGAGGUGCGAAUGAGAGAGUAUGCUUCUAUGAGUCAUAAGCAUUUCUACUUCAUGACACUGAAUGGCAGUGAGGUAAUAGAUGCUUGUGCAAAAGGAAACUUGGGGCGUUUCAUUAACCAUAGUUGUGAUCCUAAUUGUCGUACUGAAAAGUGGGUAGUCAAUGGAGAGAUUUGUAUUGGACUCUUUGCACUGAGGGAUAUUAAGAAGGGUGAAGAGGUGACAUUUGACUACAACUAUGUAAGAGUUGUUGGAGCUGCUGCAAAACAAUGUUACUGUGGGUCACCUCAAUGUCGAGGCUAUAUUGGUGGCGAUCCAACAAGCACUGAGGUAAUUGAUCAAGUUGAUUCAGAUGAAGAAUUUCCUGAACCAGUGAUGCUUGAAGAUGGGGAAGCUGGAGAGAGAUUCAAGAAUAGAUUAUCCAGGAUCAGUUCCUUUGAUGGUGUAGAACUGCAAGUUGCAGAGAGUAUAUCUAAAGAUAGAAAUAAAAUGGAUAUUUCUACAACAGCUACUGAGAAAAUGGAGGUUGGCCUUGAAAUUGAGGACGGCAUGAACCAAUCUGUCUCUGCCAUUUCCCAAUUAAGCAGCCCAAUGGAAAUGAAUGAUUCAAGGGGAGAUAUUCCAUCUUCUAGUCAGCCAGUAGAAAUGUCUGCUCAAGCAGAUGAUGUAAUCAGCAAAUCUGCAUCUCCUGUCAAGCAAGAAAUUUCAAAGGAAGAUAUUCAAAGUGGGGAGACCUGUCCAACUGCAAUGCUGAGCAAAUUAUCAUCUGACGGUAUGGUUGCUAACAGAAAGUCCAAGUCUGCUACAGCAGAAGAAAAACGGGUUUUUGUUAAAUCACGUUUUCUGAUUAAAACUUCGCAUCAUUCUGGUUCCGGUAAGAAAGGAAAGUUUACUAGUAAUCCUACGAAUGCUAAUAAAGUUCAGAUGGUGGCUAGCAAAUCUCAGUUGUUGUCUAUCAAACCCAAAAGAUCUAUAGAUGGUACUUCUAAUGGUCGGUUUGAGGCGGUCGAGGAGAAACUUAAUGAGUUAUUGGAUGCUGAUGGUGGGAUAAGCAAAAGAAAAGACGCCCCUAAAGUCUACUUGAAGCUUCUGCUUCUUACUGCAGCAUCUGGUGCCAGUGGAAAUGGUGAAGCAAUUCAGAGCAAUCGAGAUCUAUCAAUGAUUCUUGAUGCACUUCUAAAAACUAAAUCACGAGUUGUGUUGAUUGAUAUAAUUAACAAAAAUGGUUUGCGAAUGCUCCACAACAUGAUCAAGCAAUACCGAUGGGACUUUAAAAAGAUUCCAAUUCUCCGAAAGCUUCUGAAGGUGUUGGAGUAUUUGGCUGUCAGGGAGAUACUUACACCAGAACAUAUUAAUGGAGGUCCUCCUUGCCCUGGAAUGGAGAGCUUUAGGGAGUCAAUGUUGUUAUUGACAGAGCACAAUGACAAACAGGUUCAUCAAAUUGCACGGAAUUUCCGGAACAGAUGGAUUCCUCAACAUGGCAGAAAAUAUAGACAUGAGGAUAGGGAUGAUGGGAGGAUGGAGUUUCACAGAGGUUCAGUUAAUAAUAGGGUUUCAGUUCCACUGAAUCAUUCACGUGAUCUAGGUGUAAGGCCUACGGAAGCAAUAGAGUGUGCCAGCCAGUCAAAGCUAGCAACUGCCUCUUCUGUGGACUCUGCUGUCCACGAGGGCUGUUCUGCACCUUCUGUUGGCGGUGUGGUAAAAACUCGCAAGCGUAAAAGCCGAUGGGAUCAACCGGCUGAGGAAAAACCAUCUUCAAGAUCUCUUCAGAGUGAUGGACAGAAGAUUCAAUCCGGGUUGCUACAACAGUCUGAAUACCACUCACAACCUGAAAUGGGUAAAGAAAUAUUGGAUAACGUAGAAAAAGGAAGCAAAGAGAAUAGUUAUUGCCCCCAUUGUGCUCUCAAUUACUAUCUACAAGAUGAAGUCAGUUGUGCUGAUGACGGAAGGCAGAAUAUGCAAAGUGACGUUCCACCUGGAUUCUCAUCUCCCCUUAACCAGAAUCUGGUUUCAUCAAGUUCUUCAUCAACAAUUACUGAAAUCCAACAACAAAAUGGUUGCAUGGCAUCUCCAAUUGGUACAGUUGUUGGGCAUCCACAGGAGAAAUUCAUUUCACGUAUGUAUGUCUCUUAUGGAAUUCCGUUGCCUAUUGUUCAGCAAUUUGGGUCACCUCGGGAUGGAAAAGUGGAGAGUUGGACAGUUGCUCCAGGCAUGCCUUUCCAUCCUUUCCCGCCACUUCCUCCAUUUCCCCAACAUAAGAAAGAAACUCCAUCUCCUGCUGUUAAUUCCAUGGUGAUAAAUGGGUCUACAGAAGAAAGGCAACGAGACAGACAUGAUCUUGCCACUUGUUAUCCAAAUGAAAACAAUCCAAGCACAGCUGGUGGUAACCAGCCAGAUAUGGAUAUACCUAGUGAAAAUGGCCAACAAGCAUUUAAACGAGCUAGGGGAUCCUCGCAUGAUUUGGGAAAGAGAUACUUUAGGCAGCAGAAGUGGAAUAAAGUGCUGCCCCCUUGGAUACGGAAUAGGGAUGGGUUUGGAUGCUUGGGAAACAACUCAAGAGGUGGAAUAUGUACCGAUGUAGGAAGUCUAACAAAUGAUCACAGAAAUUCAUACUGUUCACAGGAUGUAAGCUGUAGAGUGGAGAAAGCUGGAAAUUGCAUUAAUCAGCAAAAAAGUACCUAAAUGAGCAUUGAUUUUUAGGAAAAUCUCUAAACAGCUGCUGGAUUUUCUUCCAUAUUUUGAUGUUCCUCAAUUCUUUUUUAUUUUUUUUUUUGUUUCCAGGUGUUUAUUUUCAAUUGAAAAUUCAUUCAAUUUCAGAAUAUCCAGUCUGUUAUACUCGGCUCCUAAUGACUAUAGCUGAGGGAAAAAAACAUACUGAUCUUGCAAUUUGCACUCUUGGAUAUCAAUCAAUGAAUCUGAUCACCCCUGAAAGAGGUAGGCAUUUCUUUUCUUGUAUCAUUUUCUCAGAUUAAUGGAAUACAACAUUAAUUACUUUGAUGGUA